CCUCAGCAGGAUGAAUGGCAUCACAGGCUUAUUUCCAGGUCCCGUGGUCAAUGCUCCAGUGGCUACUUUGAUGGCACCUCAGGACACAAACCUGCAGCCUACCAUGGCAGAGUUAGACCUGAGUCUGAGCGAUGCACUGACAGACAGCGUUCCCCAGCCAGGCCCGGAGAGCCUAGUGGAAAGGGACUUUGUGGCUCAGCUGGAAGCGGAGGCCUUCGAUGAUCAGGUGGGGGAAACUGUGGGAAAGACGGACUACAUUCCCCUGCUGGACACCGACGACACCAGGGCAGACAUGGGUACUACGUUGGAGAAUGGAGAGCAGGAAGCUCAUGGGGUGCAAAAGCCUGAGGACUAGAACCUGCCUCCAUCGCCAGCCGACUAUUAAUCAGCUGUGCUUUCGUGCACCUCUCCCCUCUCCUUGUGCAACACACACACACACACACACACACUCACUCACUCACUCACUCACUCACUCACUCACUCACUCACUCACUAUGGCAUGUGACAGAAUUCACACACAACCAUAUAUGUACACACACGAACAUGCACACGAAGCCAUGUUAUGCUGCGCCGCAUGAUUCACUCUGGGCGAACUGGAUAUCUUUGACACACCACUGUUUUUGGACAUCCACACGGUAGGGCUGUGCGAUAUGACGAUAUCUGUCGUUUGACGAUAGAAAAACAUCUAUCGUUGACAAUUAUGCUCUAUAGUUUAUAUCCUUUUGUCGGAAAUUCCACACUUUACCGUAAUAUUUUGGUGAGGGAACGGCGCUAUGCACCGCGGUGAAGUUAGUUUUACUUUGGUAUUCGACAUCUAUUGAAUGUCCUAGAUAAAAUAAAUAUACAACUUUCUUCACCGUGGUCCGUUCUUCCACAUGUGCCGGUGUUGCGGAGAACAAAUUGCAUUAAAUAUAUUGGGCGAGCCACAAAACACUAUCCAGCAGUUCCAGCCAUGAUGUGUAUCAGUCAGGUAACGUUAAAUGUCUUGCCCAGGGACAUACAGCUUACUUUCUAGUUCACCAAGACAUGCUGUUGUUGUGGUGUUAGCUGUAGCAGCAGGAGAGCAGUGAGUGUUGCUGUCUGGAGCUGCUGUGUUUCUCUGGGACCGUCUCGUCCUCUCGUGAUAGCUUUGCAGCAGAAAGAAGCGUCAGUUUGCUAAUCCACAACCUAGCUAACAUUAGUUACAUUACUUGCUGUGUCAUUGUUCACUCUAUCAUGGUAUUUUUCAAGGUGUUGGAUUUACCCCACCUUUAUAAUGCAGAUAAAUAUCCCGAGUUCCAGUUGGAAAUGCCAUAUUUCAUUGAAUUAACUAAAAAUGUUCUAUUCUGGCAUAUAUAUCGUUAUUGGGAUAUAUCGCACAGUCCUAACACACCGCCAAAUUUGAAAUUCAGGUAGCUUUUUGUUUUGUCUGUAGUUCUUCUUGGACCACAAUUACCACUAUUAUUUAUUUCCACUGUGACCAAUGAAAUGUUUUCUCCUUGUCUGUUUCUUUAUUAUUUCUUAUUAUUUGUAAAUCAAGUGUAUUUUUCCAAUUUUAACAAAAAUACUUAAAAAUUCAAUUCAACUUUACAUAAUUAAAAGCCUACUGUGGCAUAAGCAAAUAACUUGAAUAAUUCACAUCUCUCUAGUUUCUUUCUCUCUGUAUCCCUAUCAUGCUGAAACAGACAGGAAGUUCAUAAGUUCAUGUCCUCACAUACACACUGGCACAGACACCAUCCAGCAGCCAGCCCUUGUCCUCCUGUCUGAAAGCUUUCAGACUGAGUUGCCAACGCUGCAAGCUGGAUCUGUCAACACCCAGAAAGCAGCACACAUGUGCACACACACAAAGAAACACACUCCCAUAUUAACCCAGUAAUGGACUAUUUGUAUUUUUGUCUUUUUAUUUUAUUUUAAUGAAAUGCUUGUAACACAUCGGCCCUCUUUGAUGACCUCGCUUGAAAGUGUCUGAGCUGGAGGGCCUUGGUAGCUGGAUAGUUACAGCGCAUGCCACAUGGUCGUAACAGUCUCACCAGUCGCCAGUUUGGUUCCAGCCAUUGAUCACUGUUGUGUGUUAUACCGCUCUCUCUCCCCAUUUUCUGUCUACCUCUUCACCUGUCACUAUCAAAUAAAGGUAACAAAUGCCCCCAGAAAUCUUUUUUUUUAAGUCUCUGAACUGUUAAACCUGGACUCUCUCUGCUUUUCACUAUUUUCAAUAUAUCUUUAAUCUGAUAGUCAGAGGAGUGAAGUACUAAAGCCAGUCUUUCAGUAGACAAUCAUUAAUGUAAACAAUAUAAGAAAUAUCCCAAUAAUCUCUGACCUGCCCUUGAAUCAUUUUUUGAAAUCUUACUUAUGUCUGUUUACUUACUAAUAAUGCUAUGUAUUUGUUGUCCCUGUAGCUGUGAUUUAUUGUAUAGGCAAUACAUUCAGUAAGUCAAUCAAAUGUUUUCAUUCAUUGAAAACUAACUUAUCAGAAUGUAUCGUUAAAAUGCCCAGUUAGCCAUUUAACUUUCUGCAUGUUUAGAUCGGGAAGGAAUUAUGUUUUUUUUUUUCUUGUGUAAGUUGGUUGAACUGACCCUUUUAGAAGAAAUUUUGACCGAGACCUAGUAAUGUUCUGUGGCUUGCCAUAAAAGGUUAUUUUCUUUAAUGAUCUAAUGAGUCAUUGGCCUAACAGAAUUAAAUGUCAAAGUGUGUGAUUUCUAAACUGACACACUUCAAACACAAUGUCAGCUACAUACACCACAACAGUAUUUCACCCUGCAUUAUAAAGUAUUUAUUUAUAUUUAACUGUUAGAAGCAUAUACAUAUCAUUCUGUAUGUGUGCCACAAAAUUUAGAUUCCACCUCUUUUAUGUGUUUGUUCCCAAAGAUAUUUUAUCUCAGUGUCCUUCUUAUAGACGUGCCUCUCUCUGUUGUCAGACUGCACCUUCUGCUAAUAAACUGAUAUAUAAAACACA